AUGGUUUGUAAUCUUGAAGAACAGCUUAAGCCAUAUGAAAAAUGGGUGAUACUUGCUCAAGAAAUCCUUCUUUUCAAGAGACCUAUCAUAUAUGCAGCUCUUCUUUUCAUAAUUUGGAGUUUAUUUGCUUUUGCUUAUUCUGUUGAAGCAGGAUUCUUUGCAUCAUUAUCUUUACUUGCUUGUGCAGUAUAUAUGACAGUUGUUAUUUACGCAUAUGUUGGUUCCAAGCUUGACAAAUUCUUAUUCAGCGAACUUCCAAAAGAUGACCCAACAGCAUCAAACCAUGUAAGAUCAUUAAAGGAAUUAAAUGAUUUAAUCGGCAAAUAUAUACCAGAAACAUGCACAAUCAAGCAAGCUGGCGAAUUAUCACAAAAGGGUUCAAUUAUUGCCAUCUUCGUUUCAAUCUUUAUUGCAGUUUUCUUCAAAUUUGUUCCUCCAUUCUGGUUUAACUUCGUAGUUGUUUCUCUUGUUUUAAUAUUACCAGGAGUUCUUGCAAUUCCACAAGUUUUGCACAUACUCUUCAAGACACCACUUCCUACAGGUACUCCAGCUAAGCCGCAAACAGAAACACCAGCUCCAAAGGCAGAAGAGCCAAAGGAAGAAAUUCCUAAGGCUGAGGAACCAAAAGCUGAAGAAGCAAAGCCAACAGAGCCAACUCAGCAAGAAGGAAAGGUCGAAUAA